AAUAAGGAGAGGGGAGAGAGGGCAUGAGAUAAACCAUGGUGGAUUCAGAGGCAGACAUUGGACUGGCAUGGCUGUGCUCAGCUCAGCACUGUGAUCUACAUCCCUGAGGCUCCUUCCCUGGACAUUUGGAUUCUCCACCCACAGCCACACAGCCUUGACACGGUGCUGGAGAGUGCGUAACAUUGAGCUGUGCCAUGUUUUCACAGCAUGUUGCAGGGCAUUGGGAGAUAGAGAGGAAAUAAUCAGGGGGAGGCAACCUUUACCACACUUGAGCGAUGUUCCGCGAGUCUCUCUCCUUUCAGACUGUGAGCCUUUUCUGCACAGAGACCUUGGACUAAUGGAGGGAUGCAACGAUGUUACUCUCUGCUUGUCAUGCUUGAAUCACAGCUGCAUAUAUCUCUUUGUGUCACAGAUCUUAUUGCCUUUGUCUGUCACCACUGCCAGAUCAACUGUGAGGUAGUGUGGCGGACAGAGCGUUCUCCUCAACCCCCCGCUCCCUUGUUUGUGCCCCCUGCUUCUCAUUACUUUCCGCUCGCUCGUGUCUAUUUACUUCUCUUAAGCUACCCUCCCCUCUCUGUUAAGCUCAGUCUUUCUCGCUCUCCCACUCCCUACUGCUUACUAUCACCCUCUCUAUGCUCUCUCAAAGCAAGCAGUCUGCUAUUCUAUCCAGGCAGCUUGCCACAUGAUCUCCUGGAAGAUAGCGUUCACCGCUGCUCUGCCGACUCACAGUCCUUGGGGUGAUUUUCUUCUCCACAACGGCAGGAUGCUCCUUCACAGGGAUUGAUCCCCGUUCACCCCCUUUCACUUUCCCCUUCCCUUCCCUUGUCCUGAUCUCCUGCCCUCUAACCCUCACCCUCUUGUUGUCAACCCCCACCCUCUCCCGUUCGCCCUGACCCAAGCCUCUUUUCCUCUCAAUUCAUUUCACCCCCUUGACCAUGUUGCCAUGUGUCUGUUGGCUCCAACCUAUCCUCAUCUUGUUGUCCUCUGUCUUAUGGACCCGGGGGGAAAACUGCCCAGCAACCUGUCUGUGCCCCGAUCCUCACACUGUGGACUGCAGCGGCCGCGGGCUGACCCGUCUUCCCAAUGAGAUCCCUUUGGAUGUGCGCAGGCUUUUGCUGGCUGACAACUGGAUACCCCGCAUCCCCUCGGAUUUCCUGGUUCUGUACAGUGACUUGGUGUACCUGGACCUCCGGAAUAACUCCCUCUCCCACAUAGAACCGGGGACACUAAGCACUUCCUCCAGGCUGGUGUUCCUGGAUCUGGGCAGCAACAACCUGACUGAAAUCCCCAAGGGGACAUUUGGGGAGUCCCGAAGCCUCAUCAAACUACGACUGGGCAACAACCCGUAUCUUAGCAUGGUGAGUGAGGAUGCGUUCCUGGGCCUCACCUCUCUGAGAGAACUGGAACUGGAGCGUAAUGCACUGUCUACCCUAAAAGUGGGGGCGCUGAGUCAGUUGCCCUCCCUGCGGGUGGUGAGGCUAGAGGGCAACCCUUGGCUCUGCAACUGCAACUUUGCCAACCUGUUCACAUGGUUGAUGGAGAACAGUCAGAAGCUUCCAAAUGGAGUGGACGGCAUGGAGUGCUCCCUCCCCAUGGAUGGCAGACGUGUAUCACUGACCCAGCUCUCGAAGGACAGCUUCCGUGAGUGCCAGGCGACCCUGACUCUAACAGACCUGCUCAUCAUUAUUUUCUCCGGCAUCUCGGUGUCUGUGGUCGCCAUCAUGACAAGCUUCUUCCUGGCUUCAACAGUUCAUUGCUUCCAGCGCUGGAGUAAAGGCACAAAAGGAGAUGAGGAGGAAAGCGAAGAGUGAAGAGGUUUUACUUUUUUUAAGGCCGUCACGGGACUUCAAAGCGAUGAGGGGACACAGGAGAAAGUGUGCGCCCCACGUGACAAGUUUCACUCCACUUUGGGUGACUAGGAUCUCCCUAGUACUGUUGUUGUCGUCAUGGACAUAUUAAAAAAGAUCUUAUUGAAGGACACUUUCAAGGAAUGAGCCAAAGUCCUGACAAGAAAAGUAGCGAGGCCCAGCUCCACUCCAGAAAGACAGACAAAGAGAGACCUCUACCUCCUUUGUAUUGAAAGAGUAAAAGUUGUUUUUUUUGUGUGUGUGUAAUCGCAAUUGCAGCUCUGUUGCACUCUAAUCCUACAUCCAACUGUGGCAUCUAAAUCCCGCUGACAUCAGCGUUUAGUGAAGGUUGGAUAUCAUUUAAAACACUGACCUUGCUGACCUCAGUAUUUAACUGCCUAUAACAUGACAUGUUGAUAUAUCCUGCAAUUUACAACGUCGUGUUUUUUUGACGGCCUCAGUCACUGAAAUUCAAAGGUGAUUCACAAACUCCUCCUCCUCCGACACGUGAAAUAAGUCAGUCCAACACAAAGGAUUCGGACACUGAAGCGAGAUUUGGUUUGGUGAUACUGUAGGAUAUUGUACUGUAGGCAGGUUGAGCUGGGACGUUGUUUCAGCGCUAUAUUCAGUAUUAUAUAAUCACAAAUUUAUGUACAAUAGAAAACACUGUAGAGUCAAACUAAUAUACAAAUCAAGCGGGUAUACAGUAUAUUCCUUAGAUUGAUAACCGUAAGCUGUGUAGGAAGACAUGAAUAAAGCUUUGACAAUGUAAUCUUGAAAACUAUGGCAAAAUAUGCUGUAAAAUAGAAUCUAUGUAGAACAUUGUGUCACUUAAAAUAGUGAACCUAAAUUUGGCAAGCCCCUUAAUACAUCAUGUUGACUGGUUUCAUUGUCAUCUGCCAAAUAUUAGGCUUUGGUAGAGGAGAGGUUUGCUGUAAGGGGCAGUUUUUUUAGUGAGGUCGUGAUAGCUUCUGUCGAGGGCAACACUAAAGCCAAAUCACAUUCUACAUGUAUAUACAUAUAUUUAAAAAGCUUUACAUUCUCUUCCAGUCUGUGAAAGACUAAACCAGCAGUAUUACUUGGCUUCAUACAUACCAGGCUUUUAAGUGUGUUGAACAUGAACAUGUCUGCGAAGGUCAUUCAGGGUCAUUGUCAUCAGCUAAUGACUGAAGUUUCCUAAAAUUACAUUACCACACAACUAAAGUGCAUUCUUCUUUAUGUUUCAUAAGCAAAAUUACAUUAAUGUGAAUGAGCUGUGGUUAGGUUCAAGCACAAAUGGUU